GUGCUGCUGCUGCCUGAGGCGCGGUGUCUCAAAGGGGGGAUGCGGGGUCUUUAACCUGCUGGGGGCUCAGGUCUGGACAUGCACGGAGGCAAACGCCCAUCAUAUUUGUGCCUAUGUGAUGUUGUAAUAUAGGACGUAAACAUCACAGGCUUCAGCUAAGCUUUGAAGGGAACAGGAUUGUUCUUUAACGCUUUGCCGGCAGCUGCCAAUGUAAUUUGCAUAGGCGUUUGUUUUGGGGAAAACAGCUUCAACCGCCGGCGUAAUCACUUCCCCCAGAAUCUGUUGGAUUUGUCUGCAUAUUUUUGCGUUUGUACAGACUAUAUAUUUUUGCCAGGCUAAAUUGUUGCUAAUUCAACCGUGGAUAAAGGAUCAGCAUGAUGACUUUGGCGCACUGAACUGGUGCGUUUACAGCUCAGUUUUUCGCGUUUUUAAAUGCUACUUUUGGACCGACAGACAUUAAUUUAAAUUUGUGAGAAGCGCCACCAUGCUUUCAGUAUUAACAUAAAUAUAUUUAAGUAAAUACUAUAUUUAAACACGUGACAAUAUUUACUUUACGCUUUAAAGUGCCAGCUGCGCAAUUUGGUGCAUUUUUCUCGACGCAGUUUGAUUAAAAAAUGACUUUAAAUUCGACUAUUUUUGAAAAUAGCUUUCAAUUUUCGAGUACAACUGGACAAAUUUCGACAGAAUUAAUAUUAUUAUUACCUUUUAAGCGGGAUAAACUUCUAUGUUUUUUCUCCUGGAGCCUUUAAAGUGAUCUUUGUGCCUUUGGGUGCACCUGUGCACUUUUGGAGAGGUCCAUUUGGAUCCAUAGCACUGUCUUUGCCUGGUUGGAUUCUAGGCGCAUGAAAAUAUUUUGCUAGCAGUUUUUUCAGUCAAGUCCACAAGAAAAGGGUCUUUUUGACUCAUAAAUAUCACCAAUGGACUAUUUGUAGCCUUCCAAAGAUGCUCCAGGGCUUGGCAAACGCACAAAAAGCAUCAAAAAGCGCCUCAGAGUUCAGCUGCGCACUGACUGACAAUUGCGCUUCUGUACCAACUGUAUGAGCACUGGAUGGACCAGAAUAAGUUGAAACUAUAGGGGUGGGACAUGGUGUAUUUGAGGAGUGGGUUUUACCAUUUAAUGCCAUUGGCAUGGAAUUUUAAAAUGGCAUUUUGGAGCUUAGGUAUAUUUGGGGCCAAAAGGGCCAUUUCUGGGUUUUUGAGGCUUUCUGGGCUUUUUAAAAUGAGUUUAGUCCAAUCUGAUCACCCCUACAUAUUCAACAUACAUGGAAGUGUCCUUUUUUGCAGGGAUUGCUGGGAAGAAGAAGGAGGCUGUCGAGGUUGGGACUUUGGAGAGAGAGGUAUAGUCUCAGCCACCCUCAAAAGGAAUCACUGAUCAGAAGGAGGUUCCUAUCUGAGCUUGAAGAGAAGAAAUUUGAUACGUCCACAUCUGCACAGUGGCAUCAACAUCUGCAGCGCCUGAGAACAUCAUGAUGGACGAGGAGAUCAUCGAGGACCGGGCCAAGCUGAAGCAGGGCCUGGUCAAAGUGCUCCAGUGCGUGUCCACCAUCUCUUCAGCAGCAGCUGUAGUCAACCCAAUUUUCGGCGUGGCCGGUUCCCUGAUCCGGGUGGUGCUGCACCACAUCGAUGACGAAGACAUCCGCACCCUGAAGCGCGAGUUUGGCUCCGUCCACCGGGCGCUGGACGAGCUCUCUCAGCUGAACCGCAACACGCUGGUGCAGAUCACGAAAGAAACGCUGGACGGCCAGUACUGCCGCGUGGAGGAGAACCUCAAGAACCAGUUCAGAAAGUUCAUGGAGAUGGUGGAGGCGCGGCCGGAGCACCGGGAGCGCAAGAAGGACGACUUCGAGGAGAGCUACGCCAAUGACUUGGGAGACCAGAACCUGCACACGCUCUACGACGGCGUGGUGGGCAAACCGAAGCUCUUCAGCAAACCCAUCCUGGAGGUCUACCUGAAGCACUCGCAGGGCGACCGCCGCACCAUGGAGCGGCUCUGCACACGCCUCACCUAUCUGUUCUGCAUCGGCCUCAUCGCCCUCAUGGGCUACGCCGCCAUCAUCGGAGACGACGAGGAGGGUCUGAGCGAGGAGUGGGCUGAGAAGAUGGAGCACGUGCAGGAGAAGAUGCAGGAUGCUCUUCGCAGGUGCAAAUGAAGAAGAAGACGCCUGAAGAAGAGCUUCUUUUUUUUUCUGCACUGCUGCUUCUCCGUCACAGUCAGGACUCACAUGUCCACAUUCCCUCUGUAACUGUCCUCUUUUUCUCUCCUUAUAAGCACUUUGUAAACGUCUCGGCAUGGCUUGAAAGCCCAGUGAUAAUGAGCAACAGUAUGUCUCAAUCUUUUCAAAACGCUGAUGGUCCGAACUUCAGUCUUUGAGUCACAGGCAUGUUUGCUCUGUCCAGACUGAAGUAAACACAACUAAAUUACUACACCAUAUUUCAAACUGACUUCAUGACACAAUUUGGUUAAAUUCACUGAUAAACUCUUCAGAUUGUGUGAUAAAUCCUAAUAACACUGCUGUGGUUUCAAAUGAUACAGAACACUUUGGGAUAAAUCAGCCAAAAUACUCCAGAAGUUUUGGGCAAUAUCCCAUGCAAAAUAUAACUCACAUCUAUAAAAUUGGCUUAAUUCAGUGUAUGAGUUUGCAUUGUACCCUGACAAUUAUGCACUUUUAAAAAAUGACACUACAACACACAAGUAAAUCGGUUGAUUAGGACAAGUUUCAGCUACACUCAAAAGUUCUAUAAAUUCAGAUUUAAGACAUAAUAGGUAAUUUUACUAUGUAUCCCACCCAAAAUGCACUUUUCAUAUUAAAUUUAUGACUCUACAAGUAAAUCAGUUGGUUGGAGUGAGCAACUAGCCUGAAUAAAAAUUCAAGAAAACUGAACACAGAAACAGGCUCAGGAUUUUGUCAUAUAACUAACUCCACUAGAGGGCCUCACUUGAACUCCUGAGGAUUACACAAAACAACAUCCUUUUUUAUGUUACGCCAUAAUUGCCAAACAGCAGAGUUUAUGACUAUAAUCUAUAAUAUAAAAAUGCAAAAACACAGAGCGAAUAUCCCAAAGUUUCCAGAGCUAUGAAUGUAACUACAGACAUCAAAUCAUAUCAUGUCAUAUACUACACAUGAUCAUACUGUGCAAAUCAACAAAACAUAUUCCACAGAUAUUGUAUGUUUCUCAUGCAUGAUCAUAAUACACUAUUGUCGCUGCACUAAAUUUAAUGUAAUUUUAUACUAAUUUCUGACGCUGCUGUACCAAGUUCUUUAUUUUUUUGCAGUUAGAGAAUUGAAAACACUAACAAAACACUGAGUACAAUCUGAUUUGUUGUAACACUACAGAAGAAUACACAAAUAUAAGUUACCAUUUAUUAGUACAAAUUGCGAUAUACGCUUCCAUUUUUAGUACCCUUAAUUAUUACUUUAUGUUUCUACAAAACUGGGGUAUUUGGCUUUCUAAAUGUGGAUUCAGACAAAGUCGUAACGUCACUGGAUGAAUCCUUCCACUCUUGACUUGUGCAUUCUGCCUCUCUUAUGUUUUCUUUUUCAUGUGCAGGAAGUGCACCAAGUAUGGUUGUUAUAUAAAGAUGAAAUUAUAAAUGGGUUUCUUUGGCGUAUGGCCAUUUAGAGCCUAAAAAACAAUUAAUAUUCAAUAUUUUAGGGUUGUUUUUUUUUACAGUUAAGCCAUAGCAUCAAGGUAAAAGAUUUAGCUCCUCUCAUACUCUUCCUUAUCUGACCAACAGUGCCUAAAUGUGCCAAUUUUGUAUCAUUUUCUUCUUUUAAGGGGUUUUGUCUUAAUCAUUAGAGUAUAUUUUUGUGUAAGGCAUUAUGUUUUGAAUGGUCUACAGUUCAGCUUUUAAACGUGUGGUUAAAACAUUGUUUGUAAAUGUGAGUCUUCUUUUAUUUGUUUGUUUGUUUUAGCAGAAUGGUGAUAUCAGGAGGGUUUGGAUCGCUUUAUCAGGAAUGUUCAAAGAGACGGCAAAGUUAUAAUUUAGAAAAAAUAGAGCAAACGUGAUCACUAAACAGUAUCUGUCCUCAAUGGCUAAUCAUUUUCUAUAUUUUUAUCAUUUUUUGACACAGGUCUAGUCAGUUUUACUCUCAUCUUUUCGACACAUAACUCUGUUUAUGGUUUAUGGUUCUGUUACAACAGAUUCAGAGUUGGCGACAUAAAUAUAAAUGCUGUCAAUAUUGAGGAAUAUUAUAUGAACCUCUUAAAGGCUUAUGUAAAUGCCAUAUAUGUGAAUAUGUUGCCCUUUGUUGUUACAAAUCUUUGAUGCCUGGUUGUAUAUGUACCACUAUAAAUAAAUAAAUAAAUAUAAAUACUGA